AUGUACAAUUCACAGCAAAGCGCAAGUCUGUUCCUCGGAGGAGAACGCAUCAGCGGACAGAACAUCAGAGAUCAGAAUGUCCUUGCUGCCGCUUCCAUCGCCAACAUUGUCAAGUCGUCGUUGGGACCUGUCGGUCUCGACAAGAUGAUUGUCAACGAGAUUGGUGAUGUCACUAUCACGAAUGACGGCGCUACGAUUUUGAACAUGUUAGAGGUUGAGCACCCCGCAGGAAGGAUCUUGGUCGAGUUAGCACAGCAGCAGGACAAGGAAGUCGGUGAUGGCACGACCUCUGUUGUCAUUAUUGCGGCCGAGCUCUUGAAGAGGGCUAACGAGUUGGUCAAGAACAAGAUCCACCCCACUACCAUCAUCACAGGAUACCGUUUGGCGUCCAAGGAGGCUUGCAAGUUCAUUGCGGAUCAGAUGUCGAUCAAGGUUGAUGCCCUUGGCCGUGAUUGCCUUGUCAAUGCUGCAAAGACCAGCAUGUCCAGCAAGAUCAUUGGGUCCCACGACGAAUUCUUCUCGAACAUGGCUGUCGAUGCUAUGCUUGCUGUCAAGUCGACCAACAGCCGCGGCGAACACAAAUACCCAGUCAAGGCUGUCAACGUCUUGAAGGCUCACGGAAAGAGUGCAACAGAGUCGACGCUGAUCAAGGGAUACGCUCUCAACUGCACAGUCGCCAGUCAGGCCAUGAAGACCAAGAUCACCAACGCCAAGAUUGCCUGCCUCGACAUCAACUUGCAGAAGGUCCGCAUGAACUUGGGCGUACACAUCAUGGUCGACGAUCCAGACAAGCUUGAGGAUAUCCGCAAGAGGGAAAGCGAUAUUACGACGGAGCGUAUCAAGAAGAUUCUUGCAACUGGAGCCAACGUUAUCUUGACGACCAAGGGAAUUGACGACAUGUGCUUGAAGUUGUUCGUCGAGGCUGGAGCAAUGGCUGUCCGUCGCUGCAAAAAGGAGGAUCUUCGCAGGAUUGCCAAGGCCACUGGAGCUACCUUGAUCUCGACGUUAGCCAACUUGGAGGGCGAGGAGACAUAUGAGGCAUCGUACCUCGGUUACGCUGAGGAGGUCGUUCAGGAGAGGAUCUCGGACGAUGAGUGCAUCUUGGUCAAGGGCACCAAGGCCCAGUCGUCGGCCUCGAUCAUUCUUCGUGGAGCCAACGAUUUCAUGCUGGACGAGAUGGAGCGUUCUUUGCACGAUGCCCUGUGCGUGGUCAAGCGCACCUUGGAGAGUGGAAGUGUUGUCCCCGGAGGAGGAGCCGUCGAGACUGCCCUGAACAUCUACCUCGAGAACUUUGCCACCACCUUGGGCUCGCGUGAGCAAUUGGCGAUUGCAGAGUUUGCGAGCGCACUGCUUGUGAUCCCCAAGACGUUGGCUGUGAAUGCAGCCAAGGACUCGACAGAUCUGGUGGCGAAGCUCCGUGUGUACCAUAACGCUUCCCAGAAGGACGUGUCUCGCCAGGGAUUGAAGUGGUAUGGCUUGGAUUUGAUGAAUGGCGAGGUUCGUGAUAACGUCCAUGCUGGAGUGUUGGAGCCUGCUCUGUCCAAGAUCCGUGCUCUGCGUUCUGCCACUGAGACUGCAUUGUCGAUCCUCCGCAUUGAUGAUAUGAUUACUGUGGCGCCUGAGCAGCGUCAGGAGGAUGAUGGCCAUGGCCACUAA